UAUAAUAUGAUUGUAAACGCACGAGGAGCGGGGCGGAAGAGGGCUUCUUAAUUUAAAAUUUGAAUUUAGUAAAUUGGCGGUUCCGAACAUGCGCAGAAAUGAUCAGUCAUCAUGCAUCAGCAAUUAUAUUCGAGCUUACGCUCAGUUCAUAGAUCCUAGAUCUAUGGAUUUAGCGCGGCACAGAUGGCGCUGGUGAUAUCGUUUAAAAAGUGCGCGUUCAUUCAAAUUUGAAACUCGUGCAACAAUAUAGCUAAAACAGUAUUUUUAGUUUAUGGAACUUAGUCUUUCUCAGCAAUAUGAUACUCUGACUUAAUGGGGUACAAAAAAAUGAUUUACAAAGCAAACACUGUACAGACGACGUCAGUGAAAAUGCGUGCGUAAAAUACUCGCAAGGAGGCGCACUAUAUUUAUAGCUAGAGAUAAAUAUAUAUCCUGGCAUUCUUCCAAAUUACCAAACGCACGGGUUCGAGUCAAGUAACGGCCUAACCCUUGUAAUAGCAGCAUCGUGUCAGUGCUAUUAGUGACGUCUAUCGAUGUUACGAUCGUUGUAGACAGCGAAGAAAAAAAGAAAUUGAAAAAUCAGUGCGGAAACGAGUAACAUUGUACGAUGUAAAUGUGCCACGGAAGCUGCGAUUGAGGGACGCUUCGAACGGAUUCAUUUUCCCGGCAAAAUACUCGAUUAGUGUAAAUUGUUUAAUAUGCAAUCGGCUAACUCGUUUUACUUUUUCAAGAUGGAAGAUGAAUUUCUAAGCAUCUUGUGUAAUUGUUGCUAAUGAAAUUGAACUUUUAUUUCACCUGUGCAUCAGAGUGAAUAUCGAUCAAGUAGAUCCUAUGAUACUCACGGCCCUCGAGUCAUCAAACGAGUACUUUAGUUACUGUUAGACUCAAGAGGCCAAACAGGACGCUCAGUGUGAUACCCUUACAAGAUAUGCUCUGUCGGAAAUCGGUCAGCGACUCGAUUUCCGCACCCGUGUAUUUUCCACGUAACGCGUAUAUGGUGGUACGAAAUUUAUCAGGAGCUUCUUCAAUGUAUCUUCAAUGCUGUCGUCGUCGUUCCUGACCAAAUUGUUUAAUUGUUUAACCAGAUUCAAACUGCACAAUGAAGAACCAUUCUUAUAUGUACUAUCAUCUUGUAUCUAAUAUUACUAUGUUAUAUUAAAGCCAUAUUUAAAUGGUGAGGCAGUCAUGAAGACCUUAAAAUGAUGGACAAUUUUAGUAUAGAAAUUUAUAUGGCUUUUUCAUUUCCAUCAGAAAGUUCACAGUUAAAAGAAUUUUUGCCUUUCAUCACUUAUAAAUAGGCAAAAGUUGUCUAUCAUUUUGAGAUCAUUGUUGUAACCUUACCCUUUAAUAUAUGGCAAUACUAAUUUCUACUUGUUUAUUCUAGUAAUAUAUAGCACCAGAUUAUGAUUCAAACUGGUCAUUCAUGUAAAUAACGAUCCUCUGUGAUUUCCAUCUGAAUGUCUUACGCAGUCUCUUCUAUAAACUUACAUUCUUGUAAACUUACACUAUAUGCAAGUUUCAAUUUUAACAUAUUACACUGUGUGCAAUGGUGUACCACUAUGUCAUAAACAUAAGUUAACUACAUAUGUACACAUGUCUAGAUGUCUGUCAUUCGUUAUCUCUUGUUUGUACAUGUAGAAUGCACCACAUGUAUUCGUCGAAGAAAGGAGACCCUCUCUGCCCCCUUGGUUUCCAUCCUCAAGUGCGGUGGCCGACCCGCUGCAAACGAUGCUUCAGGGAUUACAAAGAACACGGGGGUAAGAAGGAUAACUUGAGGGACAUUACGGCGUCAUCGCCUAGCCUUUCGUUUGAUCAAUCUUCAGGAAGGUCCGCAGAGAAUGGGAAAAGGGUAUGGUCAUCAGCAACAAACCUAGCAAAAGAUGAUUUUAAAGAAACUCCUGAACCGUCGCAUGCGUCGGCCGGCUGGACAUCGCUCAUGGAUCUUUCUGCCAUCGAUAAAGAAGAUGAAAGAUUAGAUAGAAGAAGGCCAACGAAAUUACAGAUCAAAGAAGUUAUAGCUAACAGCAGUGAGAAUACUUCCGAGAACGACGUUGAGUUUAUCAUUCAGGUGAAAAAGUCGAAGAUCGGUUCGUCGAAAAGCGCGAUACAAAAUGAGGAUCACCUUAUGGGAAAGGAAGAGACGACGAAGAACAGCGAGAUGGACCGUCUAAGGGCACAAUUGAACGAGUUGCAAGCAAGAUGUGAGAAAGCAGAGAGGGAAAAGAGUGAGAUCUUGAUGAGACGACUGACAACAAUGGAAAACAUAUCCAACAAAGCAUCGUCGAAUGAGUUACAGAAACUACAAAAAAAGAAUGAAGCCCUGACACAAGAGAAGACAAGUCUUCUGAACAAGAUAAAAGAGCUAGAGAAAGAAACAAGUUCAAAAUCCUUCAGAGGCGAGAGAGAUCGAGAAAAGGAGGAGCUGCGUUCUAAACUGAAAGCAGCAGAAAAUCUGUGCGAGACCCUGAUGGACGAAAACGAAGACAUGAAGAAAGAGAUUCGUCAGUUGGAGGAAGAAAUAUAUGAGUUACAAGAUACCUUCAGGGAUGAGCAAGCGGACGAGUACGUUCGUCUGCGAAAGAGCUUGGAACAGUCUAAUAAGAACUGUCGAAUAUUGUCGUUUAAGCUGAGGAAGGUUGAGCGAAAGGUAGAAGAGCUGGAGUCUGAAAAAGACACCCUGGAGAAGAAAUAUGAUGAGGUGAAGAAGGUUGAGGAUACAUUAAAAAAGAUCAAGGGCGAGUUCCAAGGCAGACCUCAGAAGAAGGCAACAGAAUUCACGACCAAGGUACAGCUUAAGAAGAUGGUGGAUGAAAUGGAGAAGGAAAUAGGAGAUUUGAUGACCAUUUUCACGAAUAUUUCCGAUGGCAAAGAUGUGGACGUUCAAGAACUGAAAUCCAAAGACAAUCACGCGAAAUAUGACAAACUUCUGAAGGAGCACGAACUACUUAAAGAGAAGCUCGACACCGUCACAAAGGAACUGUCUGACGAGAAGGAGAAAAAGAGAACACCGUCGGGCUCCAAAGUUGAAGACAAGAAUGUCGAUGUUCAAAACAUUAAAAAGAAACUGGACGAAGCUGUGAACUUGAGGGAAGCUGAAAGGAAGGCAUGGGACCAAGAGAAAACGUCGUUGUCUGAGGAAAAGGAGAAGCUGAAAUCGAAACUACUCUCGUUAUCCGCGGAAAAACUUAAAGUAUACAAUGAAGUUGUUCAACUGAAAAAGGAUUUAGAGACAGCCAAGUCGUCAGAAAAGGAAGGCGAAAAAAUGGAGAAAACGAUAAAUGAGCUGAAGAGAGAAUUAUCACAGGAACGAGAGAAAAACAAGAAGUUGCAGGACGAUUUGUCUGCUUACACUGAACGAGAAUCGAAAAUGACGCAGUCAAUGUCGUCUGUCGAGCAAACUAAGAGCAAACUCGACACUGAAGUAAAACGCUUGAAGAAAGAGUUAGAGAAUGCAAAAUCCUCAAAUUCCACAAAAAUAAGUAGCCUGACUACGGAGGUAUCCGACUUGAAGAAAGAAAAGGAAAAACUGUUGUCUCAAAUUGAACAGGAGAAACAGUCCAAGGAAGCUGAUGUAUCCAUGCUGAAGAAGAAAAUCAAUUCGUUGGAAAAGACUGGAUUAAACAACAAGAGGAUGAACGAAAUGAGGCAGACGUAUAACGAGAAGAUUUUAAUGGCUUAUAUUUCAGAUCUGGAGAACGAAUUGAAGAAGGGUCAACAGGAGUACGAUAACUUGAAUGAGAAGUAUAAUGAACUUGGAAAGUUGAAAGCACAGUUUGAAAGUGACAAUGAAGCACUCAACAACAAACUGCGAGAACAAAACACUGAACUUAUUAGCAUUCGCAAAGAAUUGGAAGCACUAAGACAAACCGUUAAAUUGAAAGAAAGCGAAUGGCGAUCUGAAAAAACUACAUUGGAACACAAGUUACGGGAGAGUGAGUUACCAAACAGAGCCAUGAUAACAGAUCUGAAUAACGACAUAAGUAAUUUGAAGAAAGAGAACAAUACAUUAGUAACGCGAUUGGAAGACUUAAGAAAAGCGAAUGACGAUCUCUCUGACAAGCUGAAGGACUACGAAGCAGUGACAAAAAUUCACCAAGCUUUGACGCCGGAUACCAAUGCUCUCGAGUCGGAGAUUCGGAAACUAAAGAACGCACUUGACAACAUGGAAAAAGCGAAGAAAGCUGACUUAGCGCAGUGCAAAAUGAGAUACGAGCACAGGAUCACAGCUAUUAAUGAUGAGAUCCAAGCGAUUCAGAACCAACUAUCGCGAUACAAACGCGAACGCGAUACGUACAAACAUAUGUUGGAAGGUGCUCAGAAAACAAUCGCGGAUUUGAAGUCUGCUAGAGGCAGACAAUCAAAUGCAUCUUCUGGAAAGUCUGACGAGGAGGAGGAAAUGACUGGUGCAAGCAAACUAGUUCUGGAAAGGCAGAUUAACAGCCUGGAAGAUGAAUUGUCUGAAACAAGGUUAGAAGCAUCCAGACUGAAAGCUGAAUUGGUGUCGGAGAAGUCGGCGAGUCAUGUUAAAGUGUCUGAAUUACAGUCACGAAUCAAUGAGCUUGAAGAGGAACGAAUGCUUGCUAGUGGCAGGACCAAGAUCCCAGGGUUGAAAGUUCGCAUGGAACUGGCUUGGCAAAAGGAACGAGAGGAUCACCAAAGACUACUGCAAGAAACAGCUACGCUGGCCAGGGAUUUGCGACAAACUCUAUUCGAAAUUGAGAGAGAACGUUCCAAAGAACGAUUGGAAAAUAAGAGGCGACAGGAUCAGUUAAAGAAGGUAUACGAUGAAGAAAAGGAGGAGAGUAAGAAGAAAUUGUUGGAGUUGCAGUGUGAUUUGCUAGAGUUAAGAGAUGCUCAUGCAAAAUUGAGGACCAGCAACGAGAAAAUGAGGCGAGAAAAAGAGCGACACGAGAGGGAGAGAGAGGAACUGAAAGACGCGAUCUACAAAAAGUGUAAACAGGAACAAGUUGAAUUAAGGAAUAUCAAUGUACUGUUGCAACAAGUCAAUGACUUGAUGAAAUUCUUCCCUGAACUGAACGGCAUAGCUGAAAAUGGAACGUCGAGCACUUACACGCCUACACCGCCUAGGAGACUAAAGGGAUCAAAGUCGAGAGAGUCAUCGCCAAUGUUGGACGCAAAGGGUGAAAUAAGAGGUUCAAAUUCACAACUUGGUGAAAAAACAGAAAAAUUGGAGUACACCAUUAAAAAAUUGAUGGAUGUAGCAAAAGAAUUGAAGGAGUCGAAGAAAGCAGCCGAUGAGAGUAACGCAACGAGGUUGAAGAAACUUAGCAAAAGAUCAACGUCUGUUGAGAGUGACCCAGGCAAAGGAAUAACGACAGCUCGUUCGAAGCCACGUUUGAAGCGAAAGAGCUUAUCUUUGGAACAGACGUCGGCACGAAACGAGGAAUCGCGUAUUUGGGGCACCGAUAGUAACAUGUCCAGCUUGCAAUCAUUGGAAGGCUCGGAAGUUGAUGGACGAACGCUUAGCUUGCAGAGAGAUUCUAGUGUGGAUAGUCGGCUCUCCACUGGUUCUACGAAAAGCGAAAUGCUGGAACGAGAAAAGAAACACGGUAAAGGAAUAAUAAGGAAGAUCACCACAAAGUUAACUAAAUCAGCUAGUGUAGACGAUCCACACGUUUCCACGGACCUUUCUCUUCAGACCUCAGGAUCUGAAACCAGCAUCAACGAGAAGACUGAAAAGAAAAAUCUGAAGAAAAAGUUAACGGACAUGUUCAAACGAGGCUCAAGGAGCAGCAGCGUGGAGAAGAAAAUUGGUACUUCCAGUCAAAGUAGACCAGUAUCAAGGACUUCUAUGACAUCAAAUAAUUAAAUUACAAUUUUAUAGAACCUAAUUGAAUUCAUUGCUCUCCAUUACUGAUUCAGCUGUCUUUAAAUGUACAAUCAUACCAAAUGGUGCUGUAAUUAACAAAAAAAAGGGACUGCUCAAUUAUGCGUAUUAUUAGACCGUAUACGAAAACA